AUAUUCACAGAAUGUCUUGAGAGGAUUGACGAAGAGAUAAGCAAUGCUAUCAACGUCCUCCCAUACAGGAGGAGGCGUUCACCACCAGAACUUAUUCCAACACAGAAAUCAGAGGAUGGACUUAAAAACCAAGUUGAGGUUGACUUCAAUAUUGAAGCAUCUAUCAAAUAUGUUAACAACACUGCCACAUCAACCAGUAUAUCACAGAAGAAGUUACUGCAAUCCAUCAACAAUAUCAAGAGCAUACUAGAAGGCAAGGCAAUGAAAGGCGAGAUAGUCCUGGGCCAGGGGGAUCAGAAAGUGGUAUCAAGGGACAUCACAUUUGACCCUAACCACCCUGCCUUUAUGUGUGCUCAAGGCAGCGUGCUUCACUUCAAUAAUUCUGACAUGUGUGUUGCCUGCCCGCUAGGCACCUAUUUCAAUGUUAUCUCCAAGACAUGCGAGGGGUGUACUAGGGGCACAUACCAACCAGAAGAAGGCCAACUGUCCUGCCUAGUAUGCCCAGAUAAGACAUCAACAAAGUCAAACUCAUCUAAAACUGUAGGCCAAUGUAAAGCUCAGUGUUUACCUGGUAGUUUCUCAGAGACAGGAGUAGAACCAUGUCAGACAUGUGAAAAGGGUUACUUUCAACCCGACUAUGCCCAAUUUCAGUGUCUGGAGUGUCAAGAGAAUAAAACAACUUGGAGACGGGGAGCAAGGCAAAAAUCCCAAUGUGGAGUAAUGUGUCCUGCGGGAUAUGUGUCUAAAACUGGC